AUGAGUAGCAUUCGCUCACAUUCGACGACGCCGCAACCCCCGGAGAAGGGCGCCGUAGACGCCAAGGAUCACAAGUACGACAACAGUCUCAAUGGCAAAGGCCAAAGUCACGAAGGACAUUCGCAUUCGAUAUUUGGCCAUUCACAUUCGCAUGGAGAAGAGGGUCAUUCAAAGGAUGCUGAGCAGAUAAUUGCUGCACUAAAGGGCAAAGGCGAUCGCGGCAGUUACAUCACGCUUGUUGGCCUAUUUUCCAAUGUGGCUUUAACUGGCGUUAAAGGUUUAGCUGGGUGGUAUAUGCAUUCAGCUUCUCUACUCGCCGAUGCGGGGCAUUCUUUGAGCGACCUACUUGGUGACUUCGUGACACUCUUCUGCUGGAAACUUUCACGAAGGCCUCCCUCUGAGAGAUAUCCCUAUGGCUUCGCUAAGUUUGAAACCCUUGGCACAACAACUAUCUCUCUGCUCUUAAUUGGUGGCGCUCUCGGUAUUGGCUUUCAUUCGUAUCACAUUUUUAUUACGGCCCUUGGAGAGACGGCUGUGGCUCUUCCGCCAGGACAACUGCAAGAAAUAUUACAGACCGUUUCAUCAACCGCCACAUUCCACCCGAGUAUUGGCCAUCAACACGUCCACUCUGUGGAUCCAAAUGCGGCGUGGUUCGCCCUACUGGGAAUCUUGUCGAAAGAAUGGCUUUACAGAAUCACCAAAGCAGUGGCGGAUGAAGAAAAGAGCCCAGUUCUGUUGGCCAAUGCGAUACAUCAUCGCAGCGACGCUUAUUCCAGUUUGGUUGCUUUCUUUGCUAUCUUGGGCACAUGGUUUUUCCCUGCCUUCCCUCUCGAUCCAAUUGGCGGUUUGAUUGUUUCUGUCGUGAUUUUUAGACAGGGCUUUGGCUUAUUGGCUGGUGCUUGGGGAGACCUCACAGAUGCUGGUGUAUCACCACGAACAAAACAAUCACUUUCUAAGGUACUCGAACCUUUGCUAGACAAAUCUUCUAAGCCUUCAGAAACCGCCUUACCCUCGCUGUUGUCAAUUCACCAUCUUCGUGCGCGUCAUGCUGGAUCGCUCAUGUUUGUUGAUCUCACUGCUGAAGUGAAGGGAUCCAUUACAGUAACUCAGGCCACUGCUCUUGAAGAGAAGAUUGAGAAAACUCUGAAAGCCGCUCGCAAGGAAAUUACAGAAGUCCGUGUGACUUUCCGACCGAGUAGCGAAAAACCCCCAGUGUAG